UGGGCACUUCGCAUCGAUGCGACAGCGUUUAAAUGGUUUGGGCGAGAGCAAAGGGUAAAACCUAAACCCCAAAUCCAAUCUAAAACCCUUUUCGAUCUUCUUCUGUUGCCCUAGUUGUUUUCAGAGAUGGGAGGGUCGCGAAGAAAGUACAAGAGAUCGAGGACGAAGGUACGCGUGGGGCUACCGCCGAAGAAGCCACAUGUUUUCAAGCCAGCAUUUAACGUCCCUCCCAAGCUUCGAUCUUUGAUCGGAGAAAACGCCUCUGCCCCCGAAUGGGACGACAAAGCCAGCGUUAUCCAAAACUACAAGUCCUUCGGCUUCGUUUCAAAUCCUAAUUUGCUCGGCGUUCGAAAACGUACAUCUCACAUGGUCCAACUUGAGUCUCUUCAAGUCGUACCCCCUCCGAGUUCUUCGCAGACCGAUGAGGAUAAAGACUUCGAUGACCUCAUUGAUACCGGAAGCGACCUUGAAGAAGACGAUUUGAAGUCGGCCUUAGGAAAGCAACGAAGAGAUGGGAAAACUGCACAGCUGCAACCAUUGACAACUAUUCAGCGAGUUCAUAUUGGUCAACUUGUUGAGAAAUAUGGAGACGAUUAUCAUGGUAUGUUCAUGGACAUGAAGUUGAAUUCAUUGCAGCAUUCUGUUGCAACCUUGGAGAAACUAUGCAAAAGAUAUCAUAUGCACAAAAAUAAAAACCCACUGAUAUUAUCCCGCUGAGAAUUUCUGGGGUCUGUGGUAAAACAUUUUGCUAUAACAUUGGCAUGAACUUUCUUGUAUUAUUAGUUGAUAAUGAUGUAUUUUCUCAUCAUCUGCUUUGAAGUUGAAAUGAUUUAACUUCCCAAUUUUGAAU